CGGCGCAUGCGCAGAAGGCCGGGCGCCAUCCUCGGCGGCGGCGGCGGCGGGGCUGCCUCUGAGGGGAGGAAGGAGGCGAUGCCCGGCGACCACAACAUGGCGGCCUGCCUCAUCCAGCGGGUGGCCCGCCAGGCCCGCCUCACCUUCUGCAGCGGGGGCGGUGACGGGCCGCGCUUCGGGGAGAACAUGCAGCGCCUGCAGGAGCUGCUGGGCGAGGUGCGGGCCGAGGACCUGCGCCUGUCCCCGCGGGGCCCCUCGGCCGUGCCGGGCCCCGUCCAGCCCCCGGCCAGCUACAUGCACAUCUGCGAGACGGAGGGCUUCAGCAUGGGCGUCUUCCUGCUCCGCGCCGGGGCCCGCAUCCCGCUCCACGACCACCCGGGCAUGCACGGGCUGCUCAAGGUGCUCUACGGCACGCUCCGCAUCGCCUCCUUCGACGCCCUCGACCCGGGCGAGGCCUCCCCCGCCUCCCCGCCGGGGCCACCCCGCCGGCGCCGCAAGGCCCUGCUGCGCGCGCACCGCCUGCACACGGCGGCCUCGCCCCCCUGCCGCCUGGCGCCCCAGGCCCACAACCUGCACCAGAUCGAGGCCGAGGGCGGGCCCGCCGCCUUCCUCGACAUCCUGGCGCCGCCCUACGAUCCCGAGCACGGGCGCGACUGCCACUACUACCGCCUCCUAGAGGGGCCGCCCCUGCCCCCGCCCUCCGAGGAGCCCCAGGGCCUGCCCAGGGAGGUCUGGCUGCAGGAGGCCCCCCAGGCCCCCGAGUUCUGGUGCGGCGGGGAGCCCUACACCGGGCCCCGCGUCUCCCCCUGAGCCGGCCAGCCAGGCAAGGAAGGAAGGAAAGAAAAGAGGGAGCCCCACUUGCAGCGGAGCCAGGACUCUCUCUCCCGGGAUGGGCAGCACUGGGCCCAGCCCACAUCUUCCUUC